AAACCCCCAUCUCUGUAUCACAACAAACACCAAUUUUCUAUCUUCUCUCCUCAACUUGUUCACCAAACCCAUUACAACUCUUUGAAGAAAGCAGUGUUUUGUUAAUCAAUUUGUCCGGAAAGUUGUUACUUGCUACAUAUUUCAGUUUUGCAAAUUAAAAUCGUUUGUUGGGUUUUACGGUGAAGAUUUAGGGUAUUUUCAAGCCAAGAAUCGUUGAACAAUGGAUAGUUUUGUGGGUCAUGAGAAUGAUCUCAACCUCAAGGCAACCGAGCUCAGAUUAGGAUUACCAGGGACAGAUGAGUCUGAGAAGGAAAUGAUGUGUAGUUUUAAGAACAACAAGAGAGCAUCACCGGAAUCUGUUGAGGACAGUGAAUCAGUGGCUGGUUCCGAUGACAAACACGGCAACCGGGAAACUCCUGCUGCCAAGACACAAGUGAUUGGGUGGCCACCAGUCAGAUCCUACCGGAAAAAUUGCUUGCAACCGAAGAAGGCUGAGGCUGAGACUGGAAUCUAUGUUAAAGUUAGCAUGGAUGGAGCACCUUAUCUAAGGAAGAUUGAUUUGAAGGUUUACAAUUGCUAUCCAGAACUCCUAAAAGCUUUGGAGAACAUGUUCAAAAUCACUAUAGGUGAAUACUCAGAGAGAGAAGGCUACCAAGGAUCAGAAUAUGCACCUACUUAUGAAGACAAAGAUGGUGACUGGAUGCUGGUUGGUGAUGUUCCAUGGGACAUGUUCAUGUCAUCUUGCAAGAGACUGAGAAUCAUGAAAGGAUCAGAAGCUAGAGGCUUGGGUUGUGCAUGAAAGACCCACAAACCCAAAAACAAAAGAUCUAAAACUGAAGUGGGAAGAGAAGAUAUCUCUCAUAGAGAGAGAGAAUCUUUCAGCUUGGGUUCUCGAAGAACUUAGAUUUUGUGUCAGCAGUAUUUUUCUGAUCUGUACUUCUGGCUAGGAAGUGCAAACAGAAAUCACAAAAAUCAUAGUGAAAAUUACAGCUUUUUGUUUUGUAAAGUCAUGGCUGCUAGAUCAGUGGCGGUUUUGAGGUUCUGUCAUGUUAUUUUCUUCUUGUAAUAAUCGGAUCAAGCCAAAAACUACAUAUAAAAAGAUAUUUGCUUCCAAACCCCAGUUGUAUUAAAGAAAUAUAUAGCAUGGUUCUCCAAGUUUUGGUUAUGUUACUAUGAAAUCAAUGUGUGUGUGUUUGUGUUUUAGGCCCAAGCC